UGUUCUUCCUUGCGACGGCCGAGUGUCGGCGGAGAACGAUAACUCCAUGACCAUGGCGGCUCACAUCAUGCCAUGAAAUCCCUUUCCUUCCCCUCCGCUCCUCCCGCCCUCUCUCACCCUCCUCUCAUCUCGGUUCGUCUUCCGCUCCCGAGGAGACUCGUCAAAGCCUCCUCUCUCCCGUCUCCCAGACCCCGUACCAAGCGCCCCAACCGCCUCCGCCGCGAAACCCUAAUACCCAAACCCCGCAUUCCUCCACCUCCCGCUCCCCUGCCGCCACCGCCGGAUGAGCCCCGCAUCGUCGUUUACGAGGAGGAUGUCGCUGUCGUCGAACGAGUGGUCGAGGAGGUGGACGUCGAAGAAGUGGUCGAGGGCGGGGCGGCGGUGGGGGUCGACCCGUUCGCCCCUGCCGCCGCAGCCGCUGAAUUCCGGUUUCUCCCCGGCGAGGUGCAACGCCUCGCGCUGCGAUUCGCUGUGCUUCUCGCGGUGCAGACUGUUGUUGCGGUCUGGUUUCUUGGCGGCGAGCGGAACGAGCCUAGCGAGCAGGGAAUGACGGAGGGGAAGGCUGGAAUUGAGGUGCGGGAGGCGAUGGAGCUUGAUAAGAAGGUCUUGGAGAUCAGGGCGAUGGCGAAGAAGGCGAGGGAGAUCGAAAGGAGGGAACUUGCUGAAGAUAGUGGCAUAAAGGGGGAGGUGGGCAAGAAGCUUGGUAGGUUGAAGAAGAGUGCUGCUACGAAGGUUAUCUUGGAUGAGAAUACUUUUUCUGUGUCUUUGCCGGUGUCCUCCGAGAAUAUGAAUGAAGAGAUGAAUGGAGAGAAGCUGAAUUUGAAGCAAAAGAUGGGUAGAGAAAAGCUGAAUUUGAAGAGAAAGAUCGGACUCUCGAAAUCCACCAACAAGGCUGGAAACAUUCCAAAGGGAUUUAAUGGCUCUAGGAGCAAUGACGAGCGCGGCAGAGGUGUUAGUGGUGGUAUUGAGCAGAUUGCUGAAGAAGCUGCACAUCGUCCUGAUCCUGAAGAUUUAAGAGCUCAUGCUUCUGAGCUGACCCAAAGAUCACCUGAUAUCGAGAAUUAUGCAACUUCGUCAAGUCGAGGGACAGUUAGAAGAGUAAGUAGUGGUGAUCAUUUGCGUGUAAGUAAGUUUCAGAAGAGUAAGAACUAUGUGGAGGACACUGAAGAUAUGUCAUUCUCUGGAGGAACCAAUUCCAGCUCUGACAUUGAUGAAGUCUUCCCAAAGACUCAGAUUUGGGAAAGUUCUACAGAAGUUACUAGGACAUGCUCCUCAGAAACUGGGAAAGUUAAUGAUGAUUCAAGAUAUAAUUUUCCCAUUGAAAGCGUAGAGAGCAAGUCAUUUGUCAACAAAGUAAAAAACAGUCACUUGGAUGUUAUGAAUGAACCAUGGUGGCUGAAACUUCCAUAUGUUUUUGCUAUUUUUUUACGUAGAGGCUCUGAUGGUAAUGGUCCUAAAGGACUUUAUUCCUUGGACAUAAGCUCCUCGUCAGUCGAAGAGAAAGCUCCUUCCUAUACUAUUGCUUUCCAAGAUCGUGGGGAUGCAACAAAUUUUUGCUACAUAGUGAAGACCUUUUUUGAAGAUUUGGGUGAUGUUAGUGCUGACAUCGUUCCUCUCACAAUUAAAGUUCUCGCCCCUAUUUGGUGCAGCGGAGAUCAUGUCAAGUUGCUUAUGUUUACACUUCACAUCAAAUUCUUUGGUCUCAAAGAACAAAUUCAUCAGUUUCUGGUUUCCAGAAAAAAUUCCCUCCUCAGCGAAAUUUGAUUAAUUACCGACUGAUUAUGCCCCCAGAACAGAGAUCGGAGGCCAUUGCAUGAACUCUUAUGAUAUCUAGUUCCGAUGCAGCAGCAGUCUCCUCCUGUCUCAAACUGCUGUUUUUCCAGAGGUGCUGCUUUUUAUCUGCCUCUUACUUUAAGGAUUUACUAUGAAUCAAGCAAGUCGCAGGUGAUCGUUAUAGUUAUGUUGGAGCAUUAGCGAUCAAAUUGUAUUCGAAUUAAGGUUUUCGGAAUUUUGCAGGUAAAAAUUAGACAAAGAAUCUUGAGGCA